AUGAGGUCCGUCUGGCUCGUUCUCGUUGCCGCCGGUCUCGUCUACGCCAGUCCCGCACCCUCCUUCCGUGACUGCCAGAUCAAGAUCAAGGACAGCCUCCACGGCGUUCCGCAAGGAUGGGUCCAGCAGGCACCUGCGCCCCAGGACCAACUCAUCCAGGUCAAGAUCGCCCUCGCCCAGCCGAGUGUGCACGAGCUCGAGAAGCACAUCGGCUCAGUCGACAUUGUCCGGGAGUGGCUCGCGACGCACGGUCUCGGCGAGGAGCACCUGCACAACUCGGCGGCUGGAGAUGUGGUUACUAUCCGAGUGCCCGUUGCUAUUGCUGAGAGCAUGCUCGAUACGGAAUUUCAUGUCUAUACGCACAGCACCUCCGGAGACAAUCUUCGUGCAGCCGACGACGAUGUACUAUGCGCGCCUCAAGCCCAUGCGAAGCACUGUCCACCUCUCCGGCAGCGUACCGCCACGCUCGAGACUGGCACCGUCAAGGGUCUGGCAGGCCAGGACGUCGACGCGUUGUGCCACAGCAAUAUCACGCUGGGCUGCCUCCAGCAGCUGUACAGCUUCGUCGGUUACAAGCCGUCGACCAACACAACCAUUGGGGUCACGGGCUAUCUCAAGGAGUACGCCAACCUCGCGGACUAUCAGCAGUUUCUCGGCAAUGACAGCGCCAACUUCACGGUGACGCUGAUCAAUAACGGGACGAACCCUCAAGGACAAUUUACUGGUGGUCUUGAGGCAAACCUGGACGUGCAAUACGCGUUCGGUAUUACUCGGCCGCUGAAGGGCACGUUCUACUCUACUGGUGGCUCGCCCCCGUUCAUCCUAGAAUUCAGGGACGAGCAAAACGACAACGAGCCUUACUUAGAUUGGCUGGACUACGUCCUCAACCAGACGAUUCUCCCUUCGGUCAUUUCGACUUCCUAUACCGACAAGGAGCAGACCGUGCCCGCCGACUACGCGAAGCGCGUCUGCCAGGGCUUCCAGACGCUCGGCUCUCGUGGUGUCUCCCUGCUGUUCGCCUCGGGCGACGCCGGUGUCGGCAACGGCUCCGACGAUCCCUCAGUAGCGACGACGUGUCAAUCCAACAACGGCACGAACGCCAUCGUUUUCCAGCCCGACUUCCCCGCCAGCUGCCCCUACGUGACCACCGUCUGCGCGACGCAAAAACGUCACCGAAGUCGCCGCGUCCUUCUCAGGCGGCGGCUUCUCCAAUGUCUUCCCGCGCCCGCCGUACCAGGACAUGCCUCGGGCCGUGCGUACCCGGACGUGGCCGCGCAGGGCGUCCUCUUCGAUAUCGUCCCCGGCAGCAACCACGUCGCCGUCUCGGGCACGUCCGCAUCGACCCCCACGGUCGCAGGCAUCGUCGCGCUAGUCAACGACGCGCGCGCCGCGGCGGUGGGCAACAACCCCGGGUGCGGGACCAAGGGAUUCAAUGCCAGUGAGGGAUGGGAUCCUGUCACCGGUCUCGGCACGCCUGACUUCGAAAUUUUCAAGACUGUCGCACUGAAUAACUAG